UUUUGUAUGGAAAAUUUACUUAGAAUAAAAAAAUUAUAGACGAUUAAAAAAUUUAAAAAUGAAUCUAUCAAUUUAUGUAAAUAAAAAUUUUAUGCUGACCUGGCAUCACUUAUUUGUCGCAGCUGAUGUUGUUAUGAAAAGUAAUAAAAGAUAUUUUGCACUCGGAAGAAUUUCGUCACAGCAACAAAAAUCAACGAAUAUGACGACAAUACUUGAUGAAACAAUAAGGAAAACCUGCCAGUUGCCUAGGCUAGUGUUAAUUGCAUGCGGUUCCUUUAGUCCACCAACUCCAAUGCAUAUGCGUAUGUUUGAAAUUGCUCGAGAUUAUUUUGAAAUGCAAGGUACACAUCAAGUGCUAGGUGGAGUCAUUUCACCAACUCACGAUAGUUAUGGGAAAAAAGGUUUAGCAACAGCAGUUCACCGAAUUGCAAUGGUUAAAUUGGCAUUAAGAUCAUCAAACUGGAUACGUGUGUCCGAUUGGGAAAUGCAUCAAUCAAAGUGGUCGCGCACAAUAGAAGUCUUACAAUAUCAUCAAAAUUAUAUUAAUAAUUACAUCAAUGGAGGAAAUGACAAUAAUAAAUUGCCUGGUUGGCUGCCAAAUGGUUUGCUGGAUCGAUGUGAUCGGGUGCAACUUAGAUUACUUUGUGGUGCCGACUUAUUAGAGUCAUUUGCUACACCCGGUUUAUGGGCUAAUGAAGAUAUUGAAGAUAUUGUAGCUAAUCAUGGUCUCGUUGUUAUAACUAGAAGUGGUUCUAAUCCAGACAAGUUUAUAUUUGAAAGUGAUGUGUUAACUCAAUAUCAGAAAAACAUAACUCUCAUUACCAAUUGGGUUCCGAACGAGGUUAGCUCUACUAUGAUAAGACGUUUACUCUGGCGUGGGCAGUCUGUGAAGUAUAUACUUGAUGAACUGGUGGAAGAAUACAUAAGAAAAAAUGGACUAUAUAAUUGCAAAUCUAAGUAUAUAACUGACUUAAUUCGCCCCGCACAAAGUAUCUAUACUAUUGAAUAUAUUAAUCAAGUUAAUUUAAAUGUAACAUCCAAUGACAAUACGCCUUCGUCUGAUGAAGAAGGUAAUAACGUUGUUGUUAUGGAUGAAGAAGAGCAUAUGGAUGAGACAGAUUAUUCCAUUAAAAAUAUAUUGACUAGCAUUAAUUUAGAUAAUCGCAAAGCAACACAAGUAUUUUGCUGUGGAGAAAGUGACAAGACUGGCAAGAAAUUGCUUCUUAACCGCAAUGGACCAGGGCAAGCUGUACAAGUUAUUACAACAGAACGUGGUGUGACGGAUGUCGUAGCAGAAGGCGAACAUUUAAAGUCUAAAAAAAUGAAGAUCACUGCACCACAAGAUGUCUAAAUAGCGGUGUAAAGCGGCUUCACGAUGGUAGUUCGAUGUGCAAAUGAAAGACAUCUUAAAACUUCUAUAAGUACAACUUAAUGUAGUUAAUAACGUAAGGCUCUCUGAUCGUGAUAAAGAAAGAAUUUAUGGAAAAGAAUUUCUCAAUAUUAAUUUAUAAAAUUAUAUUUUUUAUGUUAUCUAUUUAAUAUAUUGUUAAC